UUUCCCGCCGGCGGGUGGAGUAAGGGCGUAGGACGCCUUUCCGGUUCCGGAGUGGUCCACGCGAGGCUGAGCAGGAGCACCUGUGAGCUCGGUUAGUUGUGAAUUGGUAAAAAGUCACUAUGGAGACCAAGGACCAGAAGAAACACAGAAAGAAAAACAGCGGGCCCAAAGCUGAAAAGAAAAAGAAACGGCAUUUGCAAGACCUCCAACUUGGAGAUGAGGAAGAUGCCCGGAAGAGAAACCCCAAAGCUUUUGCAGUCCAGUCUGCUGUGCGGAUGGCUCGAUCCUUUCACAGGACUCAGGAUUUGAAGACAAAAAAGCACCAUAUUCCAGUGGUUGAUCGAACUCCACUAGAGCCUCCACCAAUAGUGGUGGUGGUGAUGGGGCCUCCGAAAGUUGGCAAGAGCACUUUGAUUCAGUGCCUCAUUCGGAACUUCACCAGGCAGAAGCUCACAGAGAUCAGAGGCCCUGUAACAAUUGUGUCAGGUAAAAAGCGCAGACUCACCAUUAUUGAAUGUGGAUGUGACAUUAACAUGAUGAUUGACCUGGCUAAAGUAGCAGAUUUGGUUCUGAUGCUCAUAGAUGCCAGCUUCGGGUUUGAAAUGGAAACAUUUGAGUUUCUAAACAUCUGUCAAGUACACGGCUUUCCUAAAAUUAUGGGCGUUCUCACUCAUCUAGAUUCCUUCAAGUAUAAUAAGCAACUGAAGAAGGCGAAGAAGCGAUUGAAGCACAGGUUCUGGACAGAAGUCUACCCGGGUGCCAAGCUGUUCUACCUUUCUGGAAUGGUACAUGGAGAAUAUCAAAACCAAGAAAUUCACAAUCUGGGCCGUUUUAUUACAGUUAUGAAGUUUAGGCCUCUGACAUGGCAGACAUCUCACCCUUAUAUCCUGGCAGACAGGAUGGAAGAUUUGACAAACCCAGAAGAUAUCCGAACGAAUGCCAAGUGUGACCGAAAGGUGUCUCUUUAUGGUUAUUUAAGAGGAGCACAUAUGAAAAAUAAAAGCCAAAUUCACAUGCCAGGUGUAGGAGAUUUUGCUGUGAGUGACAUCAGUUUCCUACCAGACCCCUGUGCCCUUCCUGAACAGCAAAAGAAGCGCUGCUUAAAUGAAAAGGAGAAGUUGGUUUAUGCACCUCUCUCUGGAGUUGGCGGUGUGCUGUAUGAUAAAGAUGCUGUCUAUGUCGACCUUGGUGGCAGCCACGGCUUCCAGGAAUCGGACGAGGCAAGGCCCACCCAUGAACUGGUCCAGAGUCUCAUUUCCACCCAUUCCACUAUUGAUGCCAAGAUGGCUUCAAGUAGAGUGACACUUUUUUCUGAUUCCAAACCACUGGGGUCAGAGGAUAUAGAUAAUCAAGGGCUGUGGAUGCCAAAAGAGGAAAAGCAGGUGGAUUUAAAAACUGGUCGAGUACGUCGAAAAGCCAUUUUUGGAGGCGAGGAAGAUGAGUCUGGGGAUAGUGAUCCUGAAGAUGAUGAAGAAAUGUCUGAAGGUGACAGGUUGGAAAAUAGCUCUAGUGAUGAAACAGAAGAGGAAGAAGAUGAUGAAGUGACUGGUAAAGUCUAUAUAGCUGACAAAGGUGCCAAACGGCAGAGACUUGAGAUGGAAGAAGACACCGAGAUAGAUUUGCCAGCAUUUGCUGACAGUGAUGAUGACCUGGAGAGGAGCUCAGAGGAUGAAGGAGAAGUAGAGGAAGCUGAUGAAAGCAGUGAAGAAGAGGGCUCCAGUGCAGGAGAGAGGGAUAUUUUAGACUCUGAGGCUUUAGAAAAAGGCAGUAAACACAGUAAUGGUCUGAGUGACCGUUUGAAUCUGGAGAAGACAAUGAAAAAAGCAGCCCUCACGACUUCAGAUUCCGGCCAUUGCACAGCUGAAGAGGCAUUUGCAUCUGAAGAUGAAUCAGAAGGAAACUCCUCUCUCAGUACAGAGGAAAUGGACUCAGAAAAUGAAGCACCUAUUAGGAAGAAGUUUCCAAAGCCUCACGUGGUCAGUGGUCAGAAACGGGAGUCAGAGAGCUUGACUGAUGAGACCAGUGAUAUAGAAGACUUACUCAAAGAGGAAGAAGAGUACAAGGAAGCAAGUAAUUAUUCCACAGAAACUUCAGGUGCCCUCAAAUGGAAGGAAGACCUUUCCAGGAAGGCAGCUGAGGCCUUCCUGAGGCAGCAACAAGCAACGCCAAAUCUCCAGAAGCUUAUUUAUGGGACAGUGACAGAGGAUAAUGAAGAAGAUGAUGAUGCCAGGGAGGAGCUUGGAGGGUUGUUUCGUGUCAGCCAGCCUGCCAGAGAGUGUAAGUACAAGGCUGACUCUUUGGACUGCUCCAGAUUUCACUUGGAGGUGCCCCAUGAUUGGGAUUUAGAGGAGGUUAUGAACAGUAUCAGAGACUGCUUCGUGACUGGGAAGUGGGAAGAGGAUAAAGAUGCAGCCAAGAUCUUAGCAGAAGAUGAGGAGCUCUAUGGUGACUUUGAAGACUUGGAAACAGGGGACGUGCACAAGGGAAAAUCAAGCCUGGAUACUCAGACUGAAGAUGUAGAGGAAGAAGUAAAGGAAGAAAUUGACUCCUCUGCAGAGGAAAGUGCCAAGAAAAAGCAUUUGGAUAAGAAGAGAAAAUUGAAGGAGAUGUUUGAUGCAGAGUAUGAUGAAGGAGAAAGCACGUACUUUGAUGAUCUUAAAGGGGAAAUGCAUAAACAAGCACAGCUUAACCGAGCAGAAUUUGAAGACCAAGAUGAUGAAGCCAGAGUUCAAUAUGAGGGUUUUCGACCUGGGAUGUAUGUCCGAAUUGAGAUAGAGAAUGUCCCCUGUGAAUUCGUGCUUAACUUUGACCCCCAUUACCCAAUUAUUUUGGGUGGUUUGGGCAAUAGUGAGGGCAGUGUUGGAUAUGUACAGAUGCGUCUGAAGAAACAUCGUUGGUAUAAGAAAAUUCUCAAGUCCCGAGAUCCAAUCAUUUUUUCUGUAGGGUGGAGGAGGUUUCAGACCAUCCCACUGUAUUAUAUCGAAGACCACAAUGGAAGACAAAGGCUUCUAAAAUACACCCCUCAGCACAUGCAUUGUGGAGCAGCCUUUUGGGGUCCUAUUACUCCACAAGGAACUGGAUUCUUGGCAGUACAGUUUGUCGAUGGCACAACACCUGAUUUCCGGAUAGCUGCCACAGGAAUUGUUCUUGAUUUGGAUAAAUCCAUAAAAAUUGUGAAGAAAUUAAAGCUAACUGGCUUUCCAUAUAAAAUUUUCAAGAAUACUUCAUUCAUUAAGGGAAUGUUUAAUUCUGCCUUAGAAGUGGCCAAAUUUGAAGGUGCUGUGAUCCGCACUGUCAGUGGAAUAAGGGGACAGAUCAAGAAAGCUCUCCGAGCUCCCGAAGGUGCUUUCCGGGCCACCUUUGAGGACAAGUUGCUGAUGAGUGAUAUUGUCUUCAUGAGAACUUGGUAUCCUGUCUCCAUUCCAGCCUUCUAUAACCCAGUAACAUCUUUGUUGAAACCAGUUGGUGAGAAAGAUACCUGGUCAGGAAUGCGGACAACUGGUCAACUCCGGCUCGCUAAUCGUGUCAAACUGAAGCCCAACAAGGAUUCUCUGUAUAAGCUGAUUGUGAGGCAAAAGAAACAUUUUAAUUCACUACACAUUCCGAAAGCCUUACAGAAGGCCCUGCCCUUUAAGAACAAGCCUAAGACCCAAGCAAAGGCAGGCAAGAUACCAAAGGACAGGCAGAGACCAGCUGUCAUACGGGAGCCUCACGAAAGAAAGGUCCUUGCGCUGCUGGAUGCUCUGAGUACAGUGCACCGUCAGAAGAUGAGGAAGGCCAAGGAGCAGCGGCACCUGCACAAUAAAGAGCACUUCAAAGCAAAGCAGAAGGAGGAAGAAGAGAAACUGAAGCGGCAGAAGGAUCUCAGGAAGAAGCUCUUUCGAAUUCAGGGUCAAAAAGAAAAAAGAAAUCAGAAGUCCAGCCUGAAGGGGCCUACGGAGCAGUUGAAAUGAGCUCCAGACUGUCAUUGGGUCUGCAGGGAUGGGUGGUUUCAAGUAUUGUAGCCCUUGUCAGUGACAGGUAGGGGCACUAGAGCCAAGAAAGAUCUCCGCUGGAUUCAUCUCCCAUACUGUGCCUUUGAGAAGAGAAAUGGAAAUCUGCUGAUAGGAUACCUGUUUGUUCUCAACAUCUGGGUUAUGUCAAGAUUUAAAGCAGUAUAAUUUGUGCCCAGCCACUGUGGCUCAGUGGAGCAUCAGCCUGUGAACCAGGAGGUCAGGGUUCAAUUUCUGGUCAGGGCACA